AUGCCCCGACAAACCGCUUCAUCUGGCGGGCUAAACCAUGUGAGGGGGUGGUGUUCACACGGCACCACUACACUACACGUUCUUCUGGGCAAGAAACCCGAAGAACCAAGAGUGCAUGGCGUUCGAUUCGCAGUGAAGAAUUCUCUGCUGUCCACUGUAGAACCACCAUCUAGUGGUACCGCCCGCAUCCUGUCUCUCCGCCUGUCAACAUUCUCAGGCCCAGUGAACAUCCUGAGCAUAUAUGUUCCCACACUCUGCUCCUCAGCCGAGAUCAAGGACCAGUUCUACGAGGAGGUUGACACCAUCAUCAGGGACAUCCCUGCCACGGAACAACUUUACCUGCUCGGCAACUUCAACGCCCGAGUGAAUUCCGACCGUGACUCCUGGCCCUGCUACAUCACUCAAUUCGGGAUCGGCAAGAUGAACGAGAAUGGACAGAGGCUUCUCGAGUUAUGCUCUUACCAUGACCUCUGCAUAACCAACACGUUCUUUGCCACCAAGCCACAUCGUUGA